AUGGAGAAGGGUAAAGGACAAAGUUCUUCAAAGAUUAACAAAUAUGCUUGUGCUUGUUCCAUUGUUGCUUCCAUGAUAUCUAUCAUCUUUGGCUAUGAUACGGGUGUGAUGAGUGGAGCAAUGAUUUUUGUGAAAAAAGAAUUCCAUAUCAGUGAUGUAAAAACAGAAGUUCUAGCAGGGAUACUAAAUUUAUGUGCUUUAAUUGGGUCACUCAGUGCUGGAAGAACCUCUGAUUAUAUUGGCCGACGUUACACUAUAGUUAUAGCUUCCAUAAUUUUCUUAUUAGGAUCCGUUGUAAUGGGAUACGGUCCAAAUUACACCAUUUUAUUAAUAGGCCGAUGUAUUGCUGGAGUUGGUGUUGGUUUUGCACUUAUGAUUGCACCAGUUUAUUCAGCUGAAGUUUCAUCUCCAUCGACGCGUGGAUUUCUCUCAUCUCUUCCAGAAAUUGGAAUUAGCACUGGGAUUUUACUUGGCUAUUUGUCCAAUUAUGUUUUUGCCGGAUUGCCUUUGAGGGUUGGCUGGAGAAUUAUGUUAGGAAUUGCAGCAAUCCCUUCACUCUUUUUGGCGAUUGGCAUUCUGAAAAUGCCAGAGUCUCCUAGAUGGCUAAUCAUGAAAGGCCGUCUAAGAGAAGGCAAAGAAAUAAUGUACAAAGUUUCAAAUGACCCUGAAGAAGCUGAACUCCGAUUGAGGGAGAUUAAAACAAAUUUAGGCAUUGACGUAAAUUGUGAUGAUGAAAUUGUGAAGAUUUCAAAUUCAGUAAAGUCACAAGGGGAAGGUGUUUGGAAAGAAUUGUUGUUAAGACCAACAAAAUCACUUAGAAGGAUUUUAAUUGCUGGUGUGGGAAUUCAUUUCUUUGAACAUGCAACUGGAAUUGAAGCAGUGAUAUUAUAUAGUCACAAAAUAUUUGCUAAAGCAGGGGUACAUGACCAUAAGCACCAAAUUCUUGCCACAUGUGGUGUUGGAAUAACUAAAUUCUCAUUCAUAGUGUUGUCCACUAUCUUGAUUGACAGAGUUGGUAGGAGAAAGCUAGUGUUAACAAGUGUAAGUGGUAUGAUUGUGGCAUUAACUGCACUUGGUACUUUCUUGACUUUGGCAGAGCAAUCUGGUGGUAAACUUAUAUGGGCUUUGGUUCUUAGCAUAAUUACAACUUAUGGAUAUGUGGCAUUUUUCAAUGUUGGGCUUGCACCUGUUACUUGGGUAUAUACUGCUGAGAUUUUUCCUCUUAGGUAUAGGGGUUUAGGAGUUGGAAUUGGUGUUGCAGUUAAUAGGUUGAUGAAUGCAACAGUUUCUAUGACUUUUUUGUCAAUGAUUUCAGCAAUGACAAUUGCAGGUACUUUCUUCAUGUUUGCUGGGAUAUCAGUGGUUGCUUUGAUCUUUUUUUACUUUUUCUUGCCUGAGACUAAAGGAAAGUCUUUGGAAGAAAUGGAAGCUCUUUUCACUAAAUCUAAAGAUUCUAAGAAUGUCGUUAGCAAAGAGGUGGAGAUUGGAAAACGUUGAUGCCUGGCUUCAUCAAUUAGUAUGCAAUAAA